AUGUCCAGGGACCAGUCAUUAACUCCUCUAAACGUCGAUGUGAUUGACGACCCGCCAUUGAGGAGAGAAGCAGAAAGUUUUACUGAUCCAUCGACUUACGAUCCCAAUGCUCGAAUUGCAAUCGACUUCGGUUCGUACAAUAUUCGAGCCGGCUACACAAACCAGAAUACACCUUCAUACAUAUUCCCCACUCGGCUGACGAAGCACCGUGAUCGGAAAUUACAAAAGACUUUCACGUUUAUUGGGAAUGACACUUUACUAGACCAAACCAUCAGGUCGCAGUCCAAAUCUCCCUUCGACGGAACUCUACUGACAAACUGGGACUAUGUAGAAGAUAUGCUAGAGUACACUUUCCAUCAUUUGGGUGUGAGCGGGAACAACGGUGUCUCCAACCCGUUAAUUAUAAACGAAAGGCUAGCCUGCCUGCAGUCCCAGAGGAACAGUUGGUACCAGCUCCUAUUCGAAACCUUUGAUUUACCAGAGGUGAGUUUUGGCAUAGACAGCUUAUUCUCCUUUUAUGGUAAUAGCACGAAAGAGGACGGCCUUGUGAUUAACUGCGGAAACGAGGAGACCGAUGUCAUACCGAUCGUCGGAGGCAGAGGCAUAUUGAGUGAGUGCAAGCGGAUCAAUUGGGGUGGUUCUCAGUCGACCAAUUUUUUGAGUAGUCUAUUGACUUUGAAGUACCCAUACUUCCCAGCAAAAUUAUCCACUUUACAGUACACGCAGAUGUACGAGGACUACUGCUACACAUCACCAGACUACGCCAACGAGAUCAGUCGGUACUUAAACUUAGAUGAAUUGGAGCAGAACAAUAUUGUGCUCGAGACACCAUUCACAGAAGUGCUCCAACCGAAGAAAACGGAAGAGGAACUCCGAAUCCAAGCGGAGAAGAGGAAAGAAACCGGGAAGAGGUUACAAGAGCAGGCAAGACAGAAACGAGUAGAGAGAUUGGUUCAAAAAACAGAGGAAUACGAGUACUUUUCCCGGGUUAGAGACCAGUUAGUCGACCAACCCAAAAAGACAAUUCUGUCUGUGCUUCAAAACGCAGGUUUUGAAGACGAGCAAGAUUUCAAGAAGUACUUGAGCAACCUGGAAAAAUCCUUGAAAAAGGCACAAGCAACCCAUGACGGUGAUGCCGACGAUACAGAGAAUGCUGAUGAUUCCCCUGAAAAUAAAUUCGAUCUUGUUGACGUUCCUGAUGAAGAGCUAAAUGACGAGCAACUCAAGGAGAAGAGAAAGCAGAAAUUUUUGAAGGGGAGUUUUGAUGCCCGGAGGAAGGCAAAGGUGGAGAAGGAGAGGUUGGCCAAAGAGCACGAGGAGGCAAAAAUUCGCGACCAGCAAUGGCGUGAAAGCGACUUGUCUGGCUGGAUUAAAAGCAAACGAGCAAAACUGGCAGUCCUGGUGAAAAGAAGGAAGGAUAAAAUUAGAAUGAAGAAUGAAAUGAAAGAUCGUAAAUCUCAGGUCGCGCAGAAUAGGAUGAAGAACCUCGCUAACUUGGCAGAGGACUCUCCUCGUUCAGGUUCGAAGAGGAGUAGAGGCCAAGCGACAAUUGAUAAUGACCCCAAUGAUACCUUUGGUGCAAAUGAUGAGGAUUGGUUAGUGUAUCAAGACAUAACCAAGAACCCCGAAGAGUUUGAAGAGGCUCUGGAAGAAGAAUAUAAGGACAUUGUUGAACUAGAAGGAAUGUUGUUGGAAUACGAUCCGACCUUCACGGAGGAAGACACGUUAGACGCCCAGUAUGAUUGGAGAAACUCUACCCUCCAUCUAUUUUUGAGGGGUCCUCGUCCCCACGACAGUGAGGAUGUCCACCAACAGCAUCAACUGCAUUUGAAUACAGAGCGUAUCAGGGUUCCCGAGAUCCUGUUUGAACCUUCUAUUGCUGGGCAAGACCAGGCAGGUAUUGCUGAACUUUGUGAGACCAUUUUGCUCAAGAAAUUUGGUUCAAAACCUGGCAACUUGAGCGCAGCAAGUUCGAGAAUGGUCAACAAUGUUUGGAUCACUGGUGGCAAUGCUAGGAUACCCGGGAUUAAAAAUAGAAUUGUCAAGGAGUUUACAGAGUUCCUACCAGCCGGAACACCUCUCUCCGUCCACAUGAGUGAGGACCCCUCUCUGGAUGCCUGGAAAGGUAUGGCGAAACUGGCUAACAACGAAACAGACUACAAAAACACAGCAGUAACAAGGAAAGAAUACGAGGAGUAUGGUCCUGAUUACAUCAAGGAGCACAAAUUGGGCAACACCGGAUAUUUUGAAGAUGUCAAUUAG